UACCAGAGCGAGCCAGAAACACGCCAACCUUCAGGAGACACAAUGGGACUCACAAGCGACCCACACUUCCAGAAGCUCGAGCAAUGGUACAAAGCCCAUGCUGGAGACCUCGUAAUGAGGAAAAUGUUCGAAGCUGACAAGGAAAGAUUCCAUAAGUUCAGCCUUACCCUUAAAACAGAUGAUGGAGAUAUUCUUCUCGAUUACUCAAAGAAUCUCAUCAAUGAGGAAGUGAUGCAUAUGUUGGUGGAUCUGGCAAAGGCCAGAGGUGUGGAGGCUGCCAGGGACAAGAUGUUUUCUGGAGAGAAGAUAAACUUCACUGAGGGUCGUGCCGUGCUCCAUGUAGCUCUGCGGAAUCGCUCAAACACCCCCAUCAAGGUGGACGGGACAGACGUGAUGCCUGAGGUCAACAAGGUCCUGGAGAAGAUGAAAGGCUUCUGUCACAAAGUCCGCAGCGGUGAGUGGAAAGGCUACACGGGAAAGAGCAUCACCGACGUAGUCAACGUCGGCAUCGGAGGGUCUGACCUGGGCCCCCUGAUGGUGACUGAGGCCCUGAAACCAUAUUCCAAAGGUGGACCCUGUGUAUGGUUCGUCUCUAACAUCGAUGGUACACAUAUUGCAAAGACCCUGGCUGAACUCAAUGCUGAGACCACCCUCUUCAUCAUUGCCUCCAAGACAUUCACCACCCAAGAAACUAUUACCAAUGCCGAAUCAGCAAAAGAGUGGUUCCUUAAUGUUGCGAAAGACAAAGCCGCUGUGGCCAAGCACUUUGUAGCCCUGUCUACUAACGCACCCAAAGUGAAGGACUUUGGCAUUGACCCUGCCAACAUGUUUGAGUUCUGGGAUUGGGUUGGUGGACGUUAUUCCUUGUGGUCAGCAAUUGGACUGUCCAUUGCUCUUCACAUUGGCUUCGAGAACUUUGAGAAGCUGCUGUCUGGAGCUCACUGGAUGGACACCCACUUCCGCACAGCCCCUCUGGACAAGAACGCCCCCGUUCUGCUGGCCCUGCUCGGCGUCUGGUACAUCAACUUCUUCCAGAUCGAGACCCACGCGCUGCUGCCCUACGAUCAGUACAUGCAUCGCUUUGCAGCCUACUUCCAACAGGGUGACAUGGAAUCCAACGGGAAGUACAUCACUGUCCACGGCCACCGUGUGAACUACCACACUGGACCAAUCGUAUGGGGAGAGCCAGGAACCAAUGGGCAGCACGCUUUUUACCAACUCAUUCACCAAGGAACACGCAUCGUGCCCUCAGACUUCCUCAUCCCUGCUCAGACGCAGCACCCAAUCAGAAAUAACCUGCAUCACAAGAUCCUCAUAGCGAACUUCUUGGCCCAGACAGAGGCUAUGAUGAAGGGAAAGACAACUGAGGAGGCCAAGAAGGAGCUGGAGGCAGGAGGUCUGAGUGGAGAAGCCCUUGAAAAGAUCCUGCCACACAAAGUAUUCCAAGGAAACAAACCAACCAACUCUAUCAUCUUCAAGAAGCUGUCCCCUUUCACACUUGGUGCACUUAUCGCUAUGUACGAGCAUAAGAUCUUCGUACAAGGUGUGAUAUGGGAGAUCAACAGUUUCGACCAAUGGGGAGUUGAGCUUGGGAAGCAGCUGGCUAAGAAGAUAGAGCCAGAGCUGCAGGACAAGGCUGAGGUCAGUUCCCACGACUCCUCCACCAACGGUCUCAUCAACUUCCUCAAGAAGAACUUCGCCUGAGCUCCAGAAAACCCUCAGUGCAGCUCUCACU